CCAAGUUAUAUAUAUAAAAACCUAAAAAUAUAUAUGCAUAUAUUGUGGGGAGCAGUUGGCAGUGCUGCUUUGAUUGGAAAUAACAACCAAUAAUCAAUUUUCCUAAUUAUUAAUUAGUAUAGUAUUCAAUUUUAGCUUACGCUAUAACAACUAAAUAUCUAUCCUUGCAAACAAUUAGUGCAAAUCUAAUUGUUUUCAUGAUACAUCUGGAGCUAGAUUAACACUUUUUCCUGAACUUGGAACAAGACUUUUGUGGGCUUCUGCUCCAGAUUGAAUUUAUUUUUCUCUUCUUUGAUAUCUAUAAUUUUGGUUCUUGCUUUUUGAGGAGAGAAAAUUUGAUGGGAUCUUCCAGCACUGCGCCAAAACGGGGUAACCGCAUUCCUCAUGGUUAAAGAAGGAGAUGCCGAAGAUUAAUAUAUAGAACAACUUAAGUGGCAGAUUUGUAAUACGUAUCGAGAAGAUCUCUCGACUGUCUUAAUCACAGGCAUGGCUGGUAUUGGAAAGACAAUUCUUGCUAGACAAGUAUACAACCACGAACAUGUCGUUGCUCAAUUCCAGUGCCGUGCUUGGGUGUGUGUUACUGACUUGACUGGGAAAGAGGUACUUAUGAAACUAAUACAACAGGUAUUAAACAGUUAUAAACUCGAAAGAGAUUCCUUGAUAGAGAAAAUGGAGCGUGGAGACAAUAAAAGUCUCCAAGAGAUGCUUCACCAACACCUGAAAGGAAAGCGAUAUUUCAUAGUUCUCGACGACGUGCCCAAAGAAAUGAACUGGGAAUCUAUCUGGAAAGGUCUUCCAAAUGAAAAAAAAGGAAGUAAAUUGCUGCUCACGAGUCGCAUUAAGAAUACACGAAGAGACCCCUUCUCUUUGCAUGAGAUGAAAAACAGUAUCGAUUAUACUUAUUUUAUGCAACCUCUAAAUCCUGAGGAGAGCUGGCAAUUUUUUUCGAAAACAAUAUUCUGUGGCAUUGAUAAAUCACACGAAUUCCCAAAGCAUUUGGUGAAAAUAGGGAGGGACAUGUUGAAACUGUGUGGCGGUGUGCGGUUAGCUAUAAAAGAGAUGGGAAUGCAGUUAGCAGAAAAGAAACGAUUAGGGAGUGAAUGGGAGCAUCUUCUUCAACCAACUCCUUGCCAUGCACUUUUGGAGGCUAUCAUGUUAAUGACAAUACAAAGGCUAGACAGCGGUUCAGAUUAUUGGGUUAAUCUGGAAGAGGUGAUUAAUGUCCUUAAAAUGAUGGUGGAUUUCGUGAGAGACAAGAAAUCGGAAGAGGGAAGCAGGCUGUAUUAUUUCAUAUGCGACGUCGUCGACAUGGCUCACUAUCUUGGGAAGAAUAGGCCCAUUUCUAAAAAUAAUGAAAAGUCUAUCCUAAGAUGGACCAGCGAGGUCAAGAUGAGCAUGCUCCAAGGGGCGGAGACAGAGUACUCGUCGUGUAAAUCAGAAAGCUUUGGAGAAGGAGACGGAGAUGGAGAUGUGGUGGGGUUGGAGGAAGACGUGGAUCUGCUGCUUCGCAGAGUGAUUUCUAAUGGGGAACUAAACAGCUAUUUGAUCACAGGCAUGACUGGUAUUGGGAAGACAGCUCUUGUAAGAAAAGUGUACAACCAUUCAGACGUCGUUGAUCAAUUCGAUAGGCGUUUUUGGGUAUGUUGUUUUACUAACUUCAGUCAUAAGAAAAUAUUGAUGAAGAUAAUACAGCAGGUGGUGGAUUGUGAGGAAUUCGAAAGGGAUUCUUUAUUGGAGAAAAUGGAGUGUCCAGAAAACUUUUGUGUGGGAGAGAUGCUUCGCAAACAUCUCGAGGGAAUGCGAUAUUUGAUAGUUCUUGAUGACUAUCCUAAAGAAAUGUGCUUGGAAUAUAUCUUGAAAUUUCUUCCAUUUGGAGUUAAAGGAAGUAGGUUUCUUCUCACAAGUCGAUUUGCAUAUAAAGAUGUGAACAUCGGUUAUACUCAUUGGGUGAAAACUUUGGAUCCUCGUAAGAGCUGGCAAUUGCUUUUGAAUGCAAUACCAAGUGACCUCAAAUUCCCAAAGCACUUGGAGAAAAUGGGGAAAGAAAUGUUGAGAAAAUGCGACGGUCUGCCAUUAGCUAUAAUCGAGGUGGGCAAACAGUUAGCAGAAAGGAGACCAUUGAAAGGGAUUGAAUGGGAAGAAGCUCUUAAAUCCAUCGAUUUGGGCGUAUUACUGCCGUUAUUUGAGUCCAGUUAUCAAAAAAUGGAUGCAGAAUCGAAGCCAAGCUUCUUGCAUCUGGCCUUCUUUAAGGAAUAUACAGGUAUUAGGACAGGAAAGUUGGAACAUGUUUCGGCUAUAGUAAAAAAGGUCUCAGAAAACCAAAUUAGAUCAUAUGUGAGUAUCUUAGCUCAGGAAUGCUUUGUCGAGAUCAAGGACAAGAAGAGUUGUCGCGUCAAUGCUAUACUACACAUGCUAUCAAUCAAGAAAGCAGACGAGAAAAUAGGUCUUGAGAUCCUAAGGAGCAAUGGAAAUAAUCGACCCUCUGAGAGUCCUCGUUAUCAUCGUGUUAUCAUUUGUAGCAGAGACAAGUUUAACUACUCCACGGAUCAAGAUAAACAUCUUGUUUCUCUCUUCUUCCAUGGAGGUGGCUACUUGGACCCCAGUCCAUCUUACUGGAAGAGAUUUGAACUACUUAAGAUAGUUGAUUGGGAAGAUUUUGGGCUGAAGAAUUUGCCAGAAAGUGUUAUUGACACAAUGAUGGGAUUAAGAUACUUGGGAUUGAGAAACAAUUACAUACAAAAGCUCCCACUCUCGUUGGGGAACUUGAAAGAGCUUGAGAUUCUUGAUAUAGCUCUCAACUUUAUGGUGGAGGUGCCAGAUAUUAUAUGGGAAAUGUGUAGCCUUCGUCACCUCUACAUGUCUGAUGUGAUUUGCCGAGAGCCUUUGAAGAUUGACACACUGGAGAAUCUGGAGAGCUUAACCUACAUCUCAUUUGAUGAUUGGAAGUAUGAGUUCUCAGGCAUGGAAAAAAUGAGCCGUCUCUACAAACUUGGCAUUGAACAAAUUGAUACAAGCUCGGAUGCAAGCAAGCUUUUUGCUUCGUUGCAGGUUGAGCUGAAGAAUCUUGAAACCCUAAUCUUAAGAGGGUUUCGUUUCAGAAAAAUGCCUUGUUUGGAAAACCUUGGUAUUUUACGAAGUAUUCGUACACUCAAACUAGAAGGGCUCCUUCCUAGGUUACCAAUGGCCUGUAAUUUCCCUCGAUAUCUUGAAUCAUUGACGUUGGUUAAUAGCUGUCUUGAUAAAGACCCCAUGCCACUACUAGCCGCGAGGUCACCCAUCCUUAGGCACCUUAAAUUGCGGAAUGCAUACACUGGUCAAGAAAUGGUGAUCUCGAAACACAUGAAUCACCUUGAGGUCUUGUGCAUGGAAGAGCUGUGGAAUGUGAGAGAUUUACAAGUUGGAAAAGGUAGACUGUCAAAUCUCAAGAAUUUAGAGAUCAAGAAUUGUCCAUACCUGGAGAUCUUCCGGAAGAGAUUGGGGAGAUGAGAAAGUUGGAGGAGUUAAAGAUGGUGACAACCAAAACCAUUGCAACACAGAUCAGAAACUCACACUUAAUCUCCGAAAUAAGGCAGCGUUCUUUAGAUUUUCAGUUGCAUUUGAAUAGUGAUAAUUAAGAAUUACCUGUUAAAUACGGAAUUGACAAACAUGGUUUUCGUACCUCAAUUCCACAUGUUUUGUUGUCAUUUCCCUUCAUGUUUUGCUUGUGAAUGCUUGUUUGUGCCCGAAUAUUUAGUUUUAUGAAGAUUUGAUAUCUUUGUGUAGUUUUGGAGUAAUUUCAGGAAAAAUCAAGGAUUAAUUGGAGAAUUUUCAAGAUAUGAUAUUGAAGUACGUCUCGAGAGGAAUCCGUGAGCGCAAACGGCGACCAAAUCCGAGUCCGGACGAGGGAGAACGGAGCAAAACGAGCGGACUGUGCAAAACGCCCAGUACCCCGCGGUCACCACCCGCGGCCGCGGGGUAAGACCGCGGGUCAGCUGUUCCCGACUCAGGAGACACCCGCGGUCACCACCCGCGGCCGCAGGGUGGGACCGCGGGUCCCCUGAGCAUCCCCCACGUUUGAAGGCCGCGGACGCGGGCCGUGACCGCGGGAAAAGAGCGGAGCAUCCCCAAGUGGGCCCCAGUCGCGUUUUUCAGCCCUUAACCCCCAUUUUUCCCCUUUUCCUCACAUUAUUCAUCAUCCCCUACAUUCAAUACUCAUUUCCUACCUCCAUAUCCAAGCCCUAACCCCCAUUAAUACUCAUUCCUACCCAUUUGAAGAAGGCAUUGAAGAGGAGAGAGGAUUGAAGCAAGCUUCUCAAUAGGAUUUGUUCAUUCUUUCUCUCUCUUUCAUUUAUGUUUCUCUUUUCAUUGGGUAUGUUAUUGUUGAACAUGAUAGGCUAAAUUUCUCUUUGAUUUGGGGAUUAGGCUAGAUGAUUAUUGUAAUGGAUUGAUUAUUUAUGCUCAAUAUAAAUCUUGUUUGUUCUUUUGCACA